AAAGGCGAAAUGCAUUGUGGGUGUAUAUUGUGGCUGGAUUCCUCCCGGUGUAUGAAGUAGCCUAGCAGAUUCCACUAUGCUACUUGUUUUCCAAACCCGGAUUUUCUUUGAAUAAGCCUUGUGAUAAAUAUUAGAAAUCAGCAGCGAUGGACUCCUUCAAAGCAGAAUCUCAGGAAGGAAAUGAAGUGGCUGAACCCAGCACAUCAAAAACACCAGAUCAGGGAACAAAGAAACCAGCAUCACAGAAACCAGCUUUAAAGAGGAAAUCAGAUGUGCCUCAAAAGAAGAAAGCGAUAAAGCCAAAAAAGAGAGUUAGCAGGUCUGCUCAGCUUGGAUACACUGUCCAUGAAGGAGAAGAUAUGCUUCUUGUCAUAUCCAGCACUUCUCAGUACAACAGCUCAAACUGGACCACUCAGAGGAAGGGAAACAAGAAGAAAAAGUUAACAGAAAACAAAAAGAAAGUCAUUCAGAUUAAGAAAAAAAAGACAGUUCGUCCUAAACCUAAAGUGGUGAAUAAUCCAGCGGUAAAGGAGAAAGAGGAACUUGCUUUUGUGCCACAGGAACCAACAGACAACAGAUGGGGUGAAAGUGUCCCUGAGGAGGUACUCGUCAAUAUUUUUCAGAUGGUCGUUGUCCAAGAUGGUGCUGUACCAUUUCUUUGCAGAGUGGGAAGCGUGUGUCGUUUGUGGAACGCUGCUGCCUCCAGUCCAGUCCUCUGGCGUAGAGUCACUAUCGGUUACUGCUGGAUUGAGCCGAGGAGGAGCCAGCUGCCUAAAACUGAGAAAAAGAUAAAGGACACUAUAGACUGGCUGGCUCAGCACAGAUUCUCCCAGCUGCGAGAGUUUUCACUGUGUCACUGGAUAAAGAAUGUCAGCUAUGCAGUUGAAGUUGUGUCACGGUUCUGUCCACACCUUCACUCCCUCACACUCUCCUACUGCUCUGGCGUGUCGGAGCACGUCUUCCAGAGCCUGGGUGUGCACAGCCGGGCCCUGCAGAGCAUCAACCUCCAGUAUUCAGAGUUUCAGGUUGAUGGACUCCUGACCUUCCUCGAGACACACGGAAGGCAACUCAGACAACUUUUGUUCACUUGUGGACUAAAGACUGACGGACUUCUGGCUGCAAUCACUAAGGGAUACUGUCCUGACUUGGAGUUCUUGGAGAUCAAUAAAAAGCUGGACGCUAAAGAAUGUGAACUUCCAGUUUACAUCCAGGGACUGCAGACAGCGUGCCCUAAACUUAAGACGUUCCGGAUGCUGAAUGUCAGGCCGCUACAUAAAACAAUGCGUAAUGCUUGUACAGAUAGCACCUCAGGCUUCCCGCUGCUGGAGGAGCUGUGCAUAGCCACCACCUCUUAUUCUUACAUGACUGACAAAGAACUGUGGGAUAUACUUUUUGGCUCCACCAAGCUGCGGGUGCUGGACCUGCGAGGCUGUUCUCGAAUCACACCUUUGGGUCUUGCAGCUCUGCCCUGUCAGGAGCUGGAGUGUCUGUUCUGGGGUCAGUAUUUCAGCAGCAGUAUUGGAUUAUCGACGCCCAAGAAGGGACUUCAUUUGCUGACCCAGAAAUGGAACCAAACACUACAGCAACUGGACAUCGCAAACCAGCUGUUCAGUGAAGAUGACCUGGAGAUGGCCAUGAGUCAUCUUACCCAGGCCACAGACGCCGAUACCCUGCGUUCACUCAACCUUAGUGGGACCAGGAUCACACCGCCUGCUCUCAGGUCAAUAAUUAGCCAAACAACUUCUCUCAACUACCUCAAUCUGUCAUCCUGUCGUUAUCUUCCAAGAGGAAUGAAGAGAAUUUACCGUGGCCAAGAAGACAUUCGGCAGCUACUGGACAAGAUGGAGUAACUGAGAGUUUUUUGUGGUUAAAAAAACCAUAAGUAAAAACUGGACACACCUCACUGCACUCAAGGCCUCUUUGUAGAUCCGUCAUGGGGUAUUUGUAUAUGUUGUUUAAUGGGUAUUCACACAAAAUAUUCACUUCAUGUAAAAACACAGGAAUCAUUUAAAAAUAAAGUGGAGAAGACCCACAGGAACACUUGGUGCUACUGAUUUCUCUUAAUGAGCUGGAUUUUAAAUACAUUUAUGAGUCACAUCCAUUGUAAA